AUGGACGUGCACCUUGAGCAGGCCAAGCGUGAAGGUGCACUGCAGGCGCGCCGCCGAGAGGAGCUGGACGCACUCAAGAAAGAGCGUAAGGAACGUAUAAAGACCACUGCAACUGCUAACUUUAGUGGCAAGCAAAAGAAGCAGCAGCUUCGUGCACGCAAGCAGCGCCUGACCUCUCGAAGAGACGAGGAAGCGUUGCUGGAUCUGCAGAGCGCGCAAUACAAAGCGUUCUACACAAAUCAACCAGCAAAAGAAUCUAAAAAUGACAAUGAAGAUCCAGAGGCUGAAGCUUUUCGAGCCGAGCCAGACUUUUUUGCUCAAAAUAUUGAUCUAGACAAUGAUCUCAGUGCUCGAUUGAAACUCACGGUGGCUCUAGGCAAGAACAAUAAGGAUGCGGUAGGCAAAGAGCUCUCGAGCUAUUUUGUGAAAGAGACAAAGGAACAGAUCCAGAUGAGACUAAUGGAAGGACAACGACCGUUGGAGUUAAACAAGAGAGAGAUGCCGCUGCUUGCUGUGGUGAAUGAGCGUGACCCGAUUCUAGACCACCCCAAACGACCGAAAUGGACGUAUGAUAUGUCCAAGGAAAAAGUGGAGAGAAAUGAGAGUCUCAUGUUUGACCAGUGGCUGACCAAGAUUCACGACAAGUAUGACAAUGAGCAUCUAAACCACUUUGAACACAAUCUGGAGGUCUGGCGCGAGUUUUGGCGCGUCACUGAGCGAGCUACGCAUGUUGUGGUCGUGGCCGAUGUGCGAAACCCGCUACUUCAUAUUCCUGCAUCCGUAUACGACCUUGUCACCAAGGAGCUGAAGAAACCAUUGGUUGUGGUGCUCAAUAAAGUUGAUCUCGUUCCAACUGCUGUGGUUGAGCUUUGGAAGCGUUACCUGACUGGCCCGUUCCCUCUUGCCCAGCUUGUCUGCUUCUCCUCUCGCUCGAAAGCUGUGCAUGGUGAUAACAAUGUUAGCGCUCGACGCCGUGUACUUAGCAAAAAACUGGAGGUUGGAGAUGCAUCAGCGAUCAAAGGGGCGGUAAACAUUCUUGUGGCUUGUGGUAUUGCUACUACAGAGGCACAACAGCUUGCUGAAGAAUUGAAUGCAAGCUUAAUGGACCAUGAAGGCUUGCAGCAGCAAUCUGAUGCGAUGCAAGAGAAAAAAGUGAGCAGCAAGCGACGAAGUAGGCGCAAACAGAAGCGUCAUGGUGGUAUCCGACAGGACAAAGCCAGUGACGAUGAUUUGUCCAUGUUUCAUGAGUGUCAGCACUGUGGAUGUGACGAUGCCGUCACCGCUUGCAUGUCAUGCGCAACUGGUGGGCGUCCAGGCAGCGCCGAUGCUAAUGUCAAGGACGAAGCGGAUGCGAUUGCUCGAGGAUAUUUACUGUGCGCUCGAUGCGACCGUGAGGAGCACACAGAGCUCAAUGGCCACUUCCAGGUGCGCCUGUCUUCUGCAACCGCUGCGACGUUUACUGACCCCGUAGUUGCUGGUAGCGCUGAAGCGAUUGGCCUCAACAAAAGACCAAAAGUGACCAUUGGUCUCAUUGGACAUCCAAACGUGGGUAAGUCUAGUGUAUUAAACGCUCUUGCCGGCAAGAAGAUCGUGAGUGUCUCGCACACGCCAGGACACACGAAGAGACUUCAAUCAAUCAUGAUUACUCCUGAAAUCUGCAUUUGCGAUUGUCCUGGUCUCGUAUUUCCGUUUGCUGGUGUGCCGAAGUAUCUUCAAGAGCUAAGUGGACUGUACCCGUACUCACAGAUUCGUGAGCCAUACUCAGCGGUGCGCUUCCUGGCAGAGCAUGUUGUUUUGGAACGAAUUUUGGACUUGAAGUCUCGCACACAGCAUUUCGAUGGCCUAGAGGAAGAGCUAAAAUGGACGUCAUGGACUCUGUGUGAAGCGUACGCGGAGAAGCGUGGUUAUCGCACAGACCGCCGUGGUAGACCUGAUCACCAACGUGCUGGAUCGGAGCUGGUUCGCGAUACAAUGGACGGCAUUCUACCCCUCUUUUUUCUACCCCCUGACUACACUGGCAAGGAUAUCACACCAAGUAGUAUUGCACCGUACUGCGAGCAGGAGAUGUUUGAUCUCAAAGAUGUGGCGAGUGACGUUGGAGUCCAUGACCAAGACAGCUUGGAUAAGGUAGAAGGAAUGAAAGUCUCAAUAGCAGAGCCAGCAAGACGAUACAACCAACAGUCAGCGCCUAUCAACGCUUUCAGCCUCCUGGACUCGGACUCAAGUGAUGAGGACGGUAACGAUGUCUGUGGAACGAAGCAACAACACCAAUAA